CCCUCCAACCUGCAGAUAUCUGCUGGCGAGCCACCGGUGAUGGGUAGGACAUGGUCCUCCUCCAUGGUCUCCUGGAGGUGUUCUCUGCCCGCUGUCCUCCUCAGCCCUCACCGUGCCUUGAUUUCUUCGCGCACCCGCUCUGCUCCUCUCACCCUGUUCCAGCUGGAGAGAUGCAGAAACGGUGUUAAAUGCUGUUCAGCGCAGUGUGGGGGUCAGGGGACUCAGCCAGUGCCUAUCUGUGCGUUGCUGGACACGCUGCUGCCCUGCACUUUGCCACUGGUCUCUCAGCACCACCGCGGGUGGGUGCUGUGCCAGACCCGCACCGUGGGAGCACCCACGCCAGACACCCACCCGGGCAGGGCAGAGCCACUCACGGCAAACCCACGCUGUCGCUUUGCCCCGUGUCUGCAGGGUCUUGCUCCAGCCCGGCAGACCGGGUGCCCCCCCGGGUCACCCGCGGGGAGCCGCCGACCGCAGCCCUGCCCCGGAGCGCGGGGCGGCGCUUGGGGAAACUGAGGCAGGCGGAAGCGGGGGGGCCUCGGGACAGCCCCGGGACGGCCCCCCCAAGUCUCGGCGUGGGGGGGCUGGGUUAAAUUUUUCUGAAUGGGGCCGCCCCGCCUGCCAUUGCCGGGCGGCGCGGCGGGUGUCAGCAGCGAGCAGCGGCGGGCGGCGCUCCCCGGUGCGUCCCGCUCCCGUUCCCGUUCCGCCGCCGAUGGCCGCCGGCCGCCGCGCUCCCCCGGAGCCCGGUGGGGGCCCGGUGUUACUUCAAGGUAUCUUCGGUGCGGGACCGACUCCCGGUGGUGCCGCUUGCUCGCUGGCUCUUACGGCCCGGGAGCUGCAGGUGCGGCGUCCCGGCGGUUCUUCCGGGGGCUCGGCCGGUCCCGACGCCGCGCUCCGCCUGGCCGAUUGCGUGGGCUCCUCCGCCUUCCCCGCCGCCGCCGCCGCCUGCUUCUCCCUGGUGUGUUACCCGCUCCGCGGGCCGCGCUGGGGCUCGCCCGCCCGCCAGCGCCUGGAGCGGACCUUCCGCGUCUCCCUGGGACCCGACGCCGAGGACAACCUGCGCAUCGCCCAGGCCUGGAGCCGCAGGAUCCGGGAGCUCUCCGUGCCCGCCGUGCCCACGCAGGACGGUGACAGCUAUGGGGUGCUGCCCCGGCCCUGUCGCGCGCUGGUGCUGGUGAACCCGCAGAGCGGCGCUGGCCGCGCGCUGGAGGACUUCCAGGCGGUGGUACAGCCCAUGCUGGCCGAGGCUGACAUCGCCGCCACCGUCUUCAUCACCGAAAGAGCACACCAUGCUCAGGAGAAGGUGCGGGAUGAGGAUCUGUCGCAGUGGGACACGUUGGUGAUCAUGUCUGGGGACGGGCUGCUGCAUGAGGUGGUGAACGGGCUCAUGGAGCGGCCAGAUUGGGCAGACGCCAUGAAGAAGCCACUGUGCAUCCUGCCAGGGGGCUCUGGGAAUGCCCUGGCUGCCUCCAUCAACUACUACGCUGGCAAUGAUCAUGUCGCCAAGAAGAAGCUGCUGACGAACUGCACAUUCAUCCUCUGCAAGGGGCUGCACACGCAGAUGGACUUGGUCUCGCUGAGCAUGGCCUCGGGCAAGCGCCUCUUCUCCUUCCUCAGCUUUGGCUGGGGCUUCAUCUCAGACGUGGACAUUGACAGCGAGAAGUACCGCCGGCUGGGCAAUGCCCGCUUCACGCUGGGCACCCUGCAGUGCCUGGCCAAGCUGCGGGUGUACCAGGGCCGCCUGUCCUACCUGCCCGCUGUCCCUGAGCAGGGCACCCCUCCGGCACACAGGGACCCCAAUGCACCCAUCACCAAUGGCCAGGCUGCUCGUGUCCUGCCACCAGCAGGGACAGAGGCACCUGGUGCUCUGCCCACCGACUCACUGCUGGUGCCGCUGUGCCAGCCUGUGCCGGCGCACUGGACUGUGGUUCCCGAGGAGGAGUUUGUCACCGUCUAUGCCAUCUACCAGUCCCACCUGGGCACCAACCUGCUGAUGGCACCGGCGGCCCGUCUGAAUGACGGCUGCAUCCAUCUCUUCUACCUGAAGGCCGGCAUCAGCCGCCUGGCGCUGCUGAAGAUCUUCCUGGCCAUGGCCAGGGGGACACACCUGGACUUGAACUGUCCCCACCUGUGCUAUGUCCGCGUCCGGGCUUUCCGCCUGGAGCCGCAGGCGGCCGCGGGCAUCAUGACGGUGGAUGGGGAGGCGCUGGCCUGCGAGCCGGUGCAGGGCCAGAUCCACAGCCGCCUCUGCCGCAUCGUCAGCGGGUCCUGAGCAGCCGGGUUCAGCCCCCGGCACUGAGCUGCCAGCACGGCCCAGCACAAGGGCAGCAGAGCCUUCCUCCCACUCAGGAACCUUCUCCUCCUGUAGCAAUAGCUCUUGGGGGCCGUGGGCACUCAUCCCUUCCUUCACUUGCCCCCAUGCUUAGCUUUACCCCCCUUGGGACAGCCAAAGUGCUGCCCCAAAACUGAGCCACGAGUCCCAUCAGGUACUCGGUGCCGACAAGACACCGGCGUGUUUUAUCCCGGUACGAGGUCCCGGCCCAGGCGGCUGCGCCGGCACAGCCCCUUCCCCUCCCCGGCUCAGACGCACAUGGUGGCAUCGCUCAUGUCCCCGCCACAGAGCCAGCGCCACCUCCCAGGGAUGGUCAGGACCAAUAUAUCUGAUACAAGAAAUUGACUUUUUUAAAGUAUGUUUCUACCCAAAGCUUCCUGUAGAAGCAGAGUUUAUUCUUGUGAGAAAUGCAAUAAAUAUCUAGAGUUUUCAAAAA